AUGAAAGCCGUCGUGUAUCGUGGGAAAAAGGCCGUCGUCGAGGACCGACCAGUCCCGAAGCUUCGUGACGACUACCUUCUCAUCAAAGUCAACGCUGUGGCGCUGAACCCGACCGACUGGAAACAUGUCGAGAACCAGAUGCCUGCCGAGGGCGGCAUCAUCGGCUGCGAUUUCUCCGGCACGGUCGAGGAGGUCGGCUCCGCCGUGACCAAGCCGUGGUCCAAGGGCGACAAGAUCAUGGGCGUCGCGCACGGCGGCAACUACGUGCAGCCCGAGGACGGCGCCUUUGCCGAAUACAUCGUGGCCAAGGGCGACGUGCAGAUGAAGAAGCCGGAUCGCUUGACCUUUGAGCAGGCCGCCACCGUGCCUCUGGGUUCCGUCACCGUCGGCCAAGGUCUGUAUCAAAAGGCGCUGGAGCUCAACCUGCCCACCGACCCGGUCAAGACCAAGGAGUACGUCCUGAUCUACGGAGGCAGCACCGCGACAGGAUCGCUGGGUAUUCAAUACGCCAAAUUGUCCGGCUACGACGUAAUAACAACCUGCUCGCCACGCAACUUCGACUACGUCAAGUCCCUCGGCGCGGUCGAGGCGUUCGACUACAACGACCCGGACGCGCCCAAGAAGAUCCGCGAGUUCACCGGCAACAAGCUGCGAUACGCCUGGGACACGGUGGCCGAGGGCAAGUCUCCUCAGUUCUGCGCCGACGCCCUCAGCGACUCGCUGUCCCAGGUCGGGUCGUGCGCGUACGGGGCCACGCUGCCCGUCAAGUUCCCGCGCGACGACGUCAAGGCCACCAGCACGCUCAUGUACUCCAUCUUCGGAGAGGCCUUUGACUUCGCCGGCACCAAGAUCCCCGCGCUGCCGGAAGACUUUGAGUUCGCCAAAAAAUUCACCUCCAUCACCGAGAAGCUGCUGGCCGAGGGGAAGCUGAAGACCCACGCCGAAGAGGUGCGCGGCGGCGGAUUGGACGCCGUGCCGCAGGGCCUGGAGGACCUCAAGGCUGGGAAGGUCAGUGGGAAAAAGUUGGUUUAUAAGAUCUAA